GCAGGGGUGGGAACGGAACGGAACGGAACACCCUGAACCACGUUUUUUCUGGAUCCCAACUUGGGAGCCAACCUACCUACCCCCCUCGUUUACCCGGGUUAUUUAUGGAAGAGCUGCACAGCCCAGGUGGUUGCCUUAGCGAUGGAUGGGGAGUCAGAACCAAACCCUGUCGUAGCAGAAGAGGCAGGGGAGCGGGUGGAGCCCAUGGAUGCCACUCCCUCCCCCCAGCGACAGAACACGCCCCCCUCUGAGGAGGCUGGGGAGGCAGUUUCCAUGGUAACAGAAGAUGGGGCCACAAAGGAGGGUGGUGCAGAGGACAAUGAUGAUGAUGUGGUUCUGGUAGAGGAGGAGGCCCCCCAGCCCUCAGACGUGCCCAGCAGCACCUGCACAGAGCCGGCUACAGACAUUUCCAUAGCAGCCAUGCCUUCCAAGACCCCAAGUCCUCCUCUGUCUUCCAGUGCUUCCACUGUGGCAGCGCCCACUAAACCUACAACCACAGCUGCAGAGCCUAUCGUCAUUGACGACGAGGAAGACUCUGAACAGAAAGACACUUCCUCCUCCAUACCGGUGCCCCCUGGAGGCUCUCCCUCAUCAAACUCGGCAGGUGCACUCAGCAGCACUGAGCCGGAUUCAGAAAUCAGGAUUGCCAGCGUCACCACACUGGGGUCAAGUAGCCAGAAAGGAGGCUCACCAGUUUCCACAGUAAAUAGUCCACCACAUACAGAGGACAUCCAGGCAGACAUGAACCUGAUGAUAACCUCAGUCACGUCUCUGCAGGAAGGGGCUGCAUGUGACACAGAGGCAGGUGAAGGCCACGCAGAGGAAAAUGGUCUGCAGAUCAGCAGCACAUUCAGCCUGAAUCCUGACACCCCAUCUGGUCGACCAACAGCCUCCUUCAACCCUGGGCGGGGCUCAGGGCCCAUGGGCCAGCUGGUACAGAACGGAGACACAGGGACGCACAACAGAGCAGACUCAUGGAUCUCCCAGUCGGCUUCAGUCCCACGCAACCAAAAACACACAGGAGUGGACUCUCCGUCACCUGCCACCUCUUUGCCCAAACCCCCAGGCCAGUCUUCCUCUUCCUCUUCUUCCUCAGGCUCCCAACCACAGCCCAGGACAGUCAAGGUGACCUGUGCUAACUGUAAAAAACCUCUGAAAAAGGGCCAGACAGCGUACCAGCGUAAAGGCUCUACACACCUGUUUUGCUCCACCACUUGUCUCUCUGCCUUCUCACACAAACCCGCCCCCAAGAAGAGCUGCACCAUGUGUAAAAAGGACAUAACAAACAUGAAAGGUACCAUCGUGGCCCAGGUUGACUCCAGUGAGGCUUUCCAGGAGUUCUGCAGCACUGGUUGUCUAGGUGCAUACGAGAACAAGCAAAACCCACCCAAGUCAGGCCUCAAAACCAAAUGCACUGUCUGCGGCAAGCUCACAGAGAUCCGCCAUGAGGUUAGCUUUAAAACCGUAACCCAUAAGAUCUGCAGCGACGCCUGUUUCAACGUUUACCGAAGGGCCAACGGGUUGAUCAUGAACUGCUGCGAGCAGUGUGGUGACUACCUGCCCAGCCGAGCGUCGGCCAACCACUUCCUGCUGGUCGACGGCCAACAAAAACGCUUCUGCUGCCAGAAUUGCAUCAAGGAGUACAAGCAGGCCCACAGUAAACUUGCAAGCUGCCUGACUUGCAAAACGCUUAUCAAAACAGGUGAGGUCCUCCACAGCCUCGGAGCAGGCGGCACAAUGGGCUCCUACUGCUCUGUCAACUGUUUGAACAAGGGCAAGCUGGCGUCAACCUCCUUCCACAAUGCAGAGCCCACAUGUCACUUCUGUAAAAGGAAUGCAUUGCCGCAGUACCAAGCCACACUGCCAGAGGGAAACAUCCUCAACUUCUGCAGCUCACAGUGUGUUACAAAGUUCCAGAAUGCUACUCUUCAAACAGCCACCAAUGGGCAGACUCCUCUGUCCACUACAGAUGACACUGUCCAGCUGAAAUGUAACUACUGUCGAGGAGCGUUCAGCCUGAAGCCUGAAAUUCUGGAGUGGGAGGAAAAGAUGUACCAGUUCUGUAGUAAAACCUGCUGUGAGGACUACAAGAAGCUCCACUGCAUUGUAACGUUUUGUGAAUACUGUCAGGAGGAAAAGACAUUACAUGAGACAGUCAAGUUCUCUGGUGUUAAGAGGCCUUUCUGCAGUGAAGGCUGUAAGCUGUUAUUUAAGCAGGACUUCAUUAAGCGUUUGGGUCUGAAGUGUGUAACCUGUAACCACUGCAGUCAGCUCUGUAAGCGAGGUGUGACUCGGCAGCUGGGUGGCAUGACACGGGACUUCUGCGGCGACGCAUGUGCUAAAAAAUUCCACGACUGGUAUUAUAAGGCGGCGCGGUGUGACUGCUGUAAGGUACAGGGAAACCUAACAGAGUCUGUGAUGUGGAGAGCGGAGAUGAAGCAUUUCUGUGACCAGCAGUGUCUGCUGAAGUUCUACUGCCAGCAGAAUGAGCCCAUCAUGGUCACACAGAAAGGCCCAGAGAACAGCAGCAUUGGGUUGGAAAUACAAGGCACUAAACUUGGGAUGGUGAACCAAAGUACUGUAGCAUAUUCUGGUGGAGGUUUGGUGAGAGACGUCAAGAACAAGGCAGUGCUCUGUAAACCACUGACUCUAACCAAGGCUACCUACUGCAAGCCACACAUGCAAAGCAAACCAUUACAGACAGACGCAGAUGAUGGUGUGAAGAGGGAGUUUAUUCCUGUUCCUAUACCUGUGCCCGUCUUCAUCCCCAUGCCCAUGAAUAUGUAUUCCCAGGUCACUCCUACACCGAUGUCACUGCCUUUACCGGUUCCUGUGCCUGUGUUUUUACCCACCACCCUGCAGGGAGCAGAGCAGAUCGUCCAGACCAUUAAUGAGCUGAAAAACAAGGUGACCACAGACCCCCUGGAGUCUGAUCUGCUGUCCAUGUCUGAGAUGAUCACAGAAGACCAGAAACCAGAUGUGAAGUCAGUGAAAAUAAAAAGGGAGAGAGGACAGGACAAGUCCAGCAGCAGCAGCAGCAGCUCUGCAGAAGAUGAGGAGGAAGCUGAAGAUGAGGAGGAAAAGUAUGAGCCUGACCUGGAUCUGGAGGCAGACUUCCCACAAGCCUCAGAGGAAGUUCCGGUCCCGGAGGGAUUGAAUGAGGACAUGGCCUUUUCUCUACCUCCAGUUCUGGCUGAAGAGAAGGAGGAGCCAGAGCCAGAGCCAGAGCCAGAGCCAAAGCCAGAGCCUCGACCACAGCCACGGAAACAAGGGAACAAACGGCAGGCAGUAGAGGAGAGUUCACGUCUGGCCUCAUCCUCUUCUUCACAUCCAGCAGGUAAACUCUCCGAGGGACGUUCACUGCCUCUUAAAACACGCUACGGCAUCAAUGCUUGGAAACGUUGGGCUCUGUCCCCCGCUGACCAGUCAGAUGACACCAAAGUAAAGGAUGGAUCUAAACUAGCUCCUGCUUCCAGAUCUAAGAGUAACCUGUUGUCAUUGUCUUCAGAGGAGUUGAAUGCGGACCUGUCCCGGUUUGUCAGGGAGGUCUGCAGGCCCAGUGGGGAGCGCUACUCCCCAGACAGCAUCCUCUACCUCUGUCUGGGGAUUCAGCAGUAUCUCCAUGCCAAAGGCAGAAAGGAUGACCUCUUCAGUGACCCCUGCUAUCAGCAGUUUGGAGAGGAGCUGAAUAAAGUCCUGAAGGACUGGCAGCCCAGUGUGCUUCCUGAUGGCUCUUUGUGGGGUCGUGUGGAGGAGCAGAGUCUGUGGAGCAGCCAGCAGCUCGGGGAGCAGAGUCCUGCCGCUCUGCUGCGCUCGUUGGUCUACCUGAAUACCAAAUACUUUGGUCUACGCACCGUGGAGCAGCACCUCCGCCUCUCUUUCGGCAACGUCUAUGGCCCGGACACUGUCCAUCCCGUCACCAAGGAGACCACAGUCUGCAUCCGCGUGCCUUCCAUCUCUCAGGAUCAUCACGUGAAAACAGAGUCCAGGAAAAGGAAGAGAAAGUUGGAGGACGGCAAUCAGGACUAUGAAGAAGACAGCUCAGGAGGUUCAACUGUACGCUGCCCAGUCAAGAAGCACGAGUGCCACUUGUAUGAGCUCUACAGAUCAAAGUGCCCAGCGUCGUUGCAGGAGCGUCUGGACGUCUUCUACAUUCAGCCGGAUCCGACUUGCAGCCCCGACAGCCCACUGUGGUUCAGCUCAGCGCCGCUGGAGAAGCAAAUCCUGGAGAGCCUCCUCAUCAGAGUCCUCCUGGUCAGGGACAUACACACAGACACCAAACACCUGGAGGAAGACGAGGAGGAAGAGGACAAAGGGGAACAAGUGGAAGGAGAGUAGCGAACGCCUAGACCUCAGUAGGUAGAACCUGAACAGUCAAAAAUGGAAGAGGAGGAGGAUGAUGGCUACUAGUGUAUACACUCUUCCCCUUAACAGUUGUCUGAACUUCCUGCCUCUCUUCACUUAAACGCUGCAUCCUCCUGGUGAGGGAAGUCCACUACACAAACCUGAGGACCGUGACGGCGGAGAAGGAGAGCAGCCACAUCAUGUACUUAGAUAAAUCCUCACAAGGCGGAAGGAGUAUGAAGGAACAGCAACGAGAACCUGUCUUAAAUCAGAAAAGGCAGACGAGUUGAGGGAAAAGUGAAUCAGAAGCAGCAUAUUGACAGUUUGAUGUUAGGGCGUGCUUUCCUGCAUUAUGAACAGUUCUUACAGCGUCUAUAUUGUUUGUAGUGUUCAAAUAUCAGGUUAAAAAUAUGAGGACUUAAAGAAAAUCUGAAUAAUGCUUGAACAGACAUUAUCUGAAGCCUCGAGUGGAGCUUCAGUGAUGGUACAGAACACACACAGGUGAAGAGGAUGUCACAGAGGUAUUUUCUCUUUCUGUGCUCUUUACUGUCAAGGUUUGGGAGAAAAAGAUUUUUUUUUUCUUUUGUCGACACAAACGUGAGCACCACAUUGGUCCUGUUCACACCUGGUAAUAAACCACUUUGGGUGAUCCGAUCAGGGUGGAUGCAGGUGGUCUGGGUUGCAUAUGAUCACAUUUUUUAGCAGCAUGAAUGUGUCUAAGUGGAGAAUAUUGACAGGGGAAUAUAUCAUACUACUUGGUCCUGCAGUAGACUCGUGCCAAAUCUCAGUAGUUGUAUGUGGACAUGGAGGUUGAUGUCCAUUUUGUGCGUUUAAAUGGCACUAAGCCAAGACUCGGUGUAUUUUUUGUAUAUUGUUUCAUCUUGGUUGUCAGAUUCUGUGAAACUGACACCUCAGUGCAACCCUUUGCCUUUUUUCCCAGUUGCGCAGACAUUAAGGUUUAUUAAGUAGAUGAUUACCAUGUAUGGUACCAAGUACACCUCCAAGAAUCUCUCGUGAGUUACACAGAUUCCCAGCUGACAUCCUCUGCAUAAACAAAGUGCAGACUACACACCAGCUGCGUCGUAUUAAAGUGACACCAGGCAGAAGCAGCAUGACGUCCAGACAGCCAUAUUACUAGUGUGUGAAACGUCUUGGAUCAUUUGUCUGCACCAAUCUGAUUUCUUUCAUUAUCUGGCAGAAGAGGCACUGGAUGUGCAUCACUGCCUCCUACUGUUAAAAUGACAGCAUUGAAGGCGUUUGAGAACUGAAGUGAUGUAUACGGUGGCCCUGAAGGGCAAAGCACGAUGACAAAUUGCAAAGCACAUAAGAAAAAAAUCACACACAGGAAAGAGAAAAUCACACAAGUAAAAAACACAAGAAAAAACACACAAGAAAAAGAAAAUCACACGAAAAAGGAAAAAAACACUCGAAAUAGAAAAUCACACAAGAUAAAGCAAAUCAUGCAAGGCAUAAGUAUGCUCUGCAUCAAAAUAAUCCCUUUUCUGGUAGGACCUUUUUCUUUGCAUGAUUUUCUUGUGUUUUUUUUUUUUUUCUUGCGUGCUUUGUGGUUUGUUGUAGUUUGCCCUUCAGGGCCACCGUACAUGUAUGUGUUAAUGUGCAUAUAGAACGGGGAAAUGACGUGAUCGCAUGCAGCCACUCGACUCAGUUAAAGCCAGAUGUGAACAGGACCUGAGACGUGGCUUAGACCAACUGUAUUUGCAUAGUCACAUGAUGUUCUUAGGCCCUGCACAUUAAAUCAGACUCAUAUGUUAGGUUUUUUUUACAUCAGCAUAGAAAGAAAUGUAUGGGACUGUGGCCUGUGAACCUGUAGAGGCUCAACAGUAAUUCUACAGAUAGUCACUCUACCAUCAUAAUUAUCAAAUUUAAAGGAAAAUUUCUGUACAAUUUCUUUUUUGAGAUUUAACAUUUCAUCUUCUUGACUUCGAUUGUCCAUUUGGAAAUUUUGAAGCUAACCACAAAAUGCAAGAAUUUCCAAAAGGAUAAUACUCAACAAAAGGUCAUCAUCUUUUGAAACUCACCUACAGAUUUCUUUUUGAUUCUCAUCUUUCCCUUUCACAGUCACCUUAGUACUCUUCAUCAGCUCUAAGUGACUUUGGCUGGAAACGCAUUAGUCUUUCUAUGUUGAUGUAAACCUAUUGAAAUUAAAGUGAGGGCGUUGCGCUGUAAUGCAUUAUCCAUUAUUUUAAAGGUAAUGUGCUGAAAAACAGAACCUAAGGACAACCAUGGGACUGUUCUAAUACUUAAGGUCUGGUGUGAAAACACAACAGUGACAUGUUUUCUGCUAGGUCAUAUAAAUUCAGUUUUUCCUGCUUGUAGUUCCUGUUGAAAGCCCGUAGGUGGCUGUUUUGGACCAACACUUGUAUCAGAUUUGUCAGUAAUGGAAAGAUUAACUAGCAUCAAUGUAAUAUGAAGUUCAUAUUUGUAAACCCUGGAAAACAUGGCCAGAAUGAACUAUAUGAUUUAUUUUUGACUAAAUAGGCAACAUUAAAGUAAAACGGCAUCUUUAGGUAUAAAAUAAGCGACUAUUAAAACCUCUCUAUUAAAGACUCUCUUCAAGAUGGCGGACUUCACCAGUGUCUAAUGAGCAGCCUCCUCCUCCUCCUCUGUUUGACCCACUUUAACCUUAAACCGGCUGCUUUUAUUUCUUCCCAUCUUGUCAGCACUGCUCUCAGGCCAAAACCACAGCAUCACAGAGGACUCGAGCUCAGAACGGAGCCGGGACAGUCAAAAGCAGAGGACGCAACUCUGUCUCAAACAGACUCGUCACACUGGCACAAUGGGAAAAGACGAGCCACCGACAACGCUGCGUUAUUUUCUACGACAUGAGGGGAACCUUCAUUCACGCGAUGUAGCAUUAUUGUGGAUACUAAGCCCAGAUUGGGUUGCUUUGAAGUGUAAAUAUCCGAAACGAGGCGAUUGUUGGAGACGACAGAGGGACCCUGUGUGGUUCAGAGUCGAGGAAACACCCGCCUCCGCCUUUUAAAAAGACUGAUUAUUUAUUUCUCUUUUAUUAGUUUGACUGUAUCCGCUUUAUGUUGAUUUGGGAUUUUUAUGGGUGCCAUUUCCUUCUUUAUUGACAACCUGCUGCAGUCCUGCGCCUUCGCCUCUUUCUUGUCCAAUACAGGAACUCAACAUGAAGGACAUUUGACACUUUUCAACUUUUCUGCUUCGGUCUGUGCUUUUUCCAGUGUUUUUGAGUUAGUCUAUAAUUAUUGAUUUAGUCAGAAAGCUGAGUACUUACAAACAAGUGCUCUUUUAUUUUUCUCGAGUGUUUGAGCUUCUCUUGUAAAUCUGUUCAGUCGUCAAAUAUUUUGUUCCUAAGUUUACACCAUCAGCUGUUAAAUCCUCACCUGUGUUUGUCAUUAAUGUUAUCUACCCUUUUUUUUUUUUUUUACAUCAAUAUUGCAUUUAUUUUGUUGAAUUUCUUUUCUUUUUAUUUUAAUAAAGUCCAGAAAAUUGUUACCCUGUUAAAACGAUGUGGAAGGUGUUUGAGGACCUCUCCCCACUUUUCCCCUGAUCCUCUUGACUUAAAUGUAUGCAGAAUUUGGAUAUCGGAUAAAUCUCGGGUGAUCGAAUCCCAUCAAAAUAUGGUCAUGUUACCAAUCCUGAUUUCAUUUAGUCCUGAUGUAAUUCACGUUAUCUGGAAUUUCCACUUCCUCCUGCUGCUACUGAAAAUAAAAUGAAUAACUCAUUCAUUGCACUUAUUUUGUUGAUUUAAUGUCUUGAAAGCCAACAAAAUAAGUAUUAAAUGAAACUUCAACAACAUUUCAAAAUGAGUUUUCUUUGUUGUCAUGUACCCCCUUCAUGAUGUGGGACAGUUGAUCACCCUAGAUGAAUCUGGCAUUGCUCAAAACAUAAGAAAUCCAGAUGAUUUGAUCCUGUAUCCAGUUGUGAUCUCAAACCUGUCAUAGAUAAACAUCCGUUUGUGUUGUUUUCUUCUCCUGACUGAAGUAGAUGCUAAACUCAGUCCCAUGUGACACUUUAGGGUUAGUAUGACCCAUGGAGCAGGUGUCCCUCUAAUUUCACUAACCUUAGAAAAGUGAAGAUCCACAGAAGUGGAACAGGUUAAAGUUUCCCUGGUGAACCCAAACCGGAUCCUGUCUGACUUUCCUGCUGGACUCUGAGGCAGCGGCUUCAGUCGACGCUGUGGCUGGCUUUAACGCCUAAAGUGAAUGUGCCUAUCUGUAUAUACUGAAAGUGAGUGACUGUGACUUGAGUCUGAUGCUAUGUGUGUGGGCUGUUCUGCUGAUACGGUCAUAUUAAAUAAAUGAUUUCAUUUUGUAA